AUGGUGUGGGCAGCCCCAGCCCUGGCAGCCGCCACCCUCUGCCUCCGUGUCUCCACAGACCCGCUGAAAGCCACAGCGGCCGCCCUGAUUAUUGGAGCCGUCCUGUCCAACGCUGAGCAACCCCACCUCGGGGCGCUGGUGUGUGACCUGGAGCCGGGCACCAUCCCGGCCUCGCAUCCCAACAUCCUGGAGAAGCUGAAGCUCUGCCCGGCGCUGACGGGGGCACAGCAGGACGCCCUCAAUGCCCUGCUCCUCUCGGGGCACACAGCGUACGGGGAUCCUUCAAGCUGGGAUUUACAGACCCUGCAAGAUUUGGGGCCGCUCGUGCUGGCGUUGAACCAGACCACGCUGAGUUUGGUGGCCGAGGCAGCACGGGAGGAUUUCAGGAGGAGCAUCGCUGCCACCUACAUGAGCCAGGGACGAUCCCAGCGGGAGGAAUCCCUGAUGCUCCUCAGGGCGCUCGCAGCAGCAUCAGCUGCCUCCCAGCCCCGGCUGCGGCGCAGCGCGGACCGUGAGUGUUUCCCUUCCCUCCGUUCCUUGCCCUCAGGCUGCCAGUCCAAGCCCAUCACCGCCAGCAACAUCGAUUACAUCAUCGUCUACCUCAUCGAGCUCGACCUUGACCAGCUCAACCUGUGCCUGAGCAAUGAUGUGCUAGUAGAAAACCUGGAGGCUGUGCUGGAUCUGCCAAUCACCACAGGGGCUGCCUGGGUCCUGAAAAAAAAGGUGGAUGAGUUUUUCCAGGAGUCAGGGAUCCCAGAGGAGCAGCUGAGGCGCCUGGGGAUGCUGUCCCGCCUGUACACGGAGCAGGAGAUCAGCCACUGGCAGGUGACAUCCAGUGACACCCUCUCAGCCCUGCUCAGCGACUCGGGAGGAAAGUGGAAUGAUUCCCAGGUGCAGCAGCUGCUCAGCAGGUACCUGGCCCUGGGGGGCUCCUUGACGGGGCCCCUGCUCCAGGAAAUCGGAGGCAAGCACCUGUGCAACCUGCAGGAGGAGCAGAUCCAGCAGAUCCCUGCUGCAGCCAUCGGGACUGCUGGGAAGUUGAACAUCUCCUCAUGCUCCCAGUCUAAGAAGGAUCAGCUCUAUGGGAAGGCCCGGGAGGCCUUUGCCAGCCUGGCCAGCACCCCCAGCCUCUACUACUGCCAGAUCCGGCCGUACCUGGGUGGAGCUCCAGCAGAGGAUCUGAAGGACUUGGCUAAUGCUGGCGUGGCCAUAAACAUGGAUCUGGGCACCUUCCUCGCCCUGAAUCCCGAGGAAUUGCAGAAACUCAGCGUCACCGACGUGAAACAUUUGCUGGGGGAAAACCUCCCCGAGCUGAAGGAGCACGAGCACGAGCCCCCGGUGCUGAGCUGGCUGCAGCAGCAAUCCCAGCACGAGCUGGACUGCGUGCUGGGCAUCGGCCUGCAGGGAGGGCAGCCUGAGCCCACGGGGACAGCCAGCCCUGCUGCCACCUCCACGGCCGCUGUCACCAGCCCUGCUGGCCCCACCACCCCGGCCAGCGUCACCUCCACGGCCACUGUCACCAGCCCUGUGCCCACCACCCCGGCCAGCAUCACCUCCAAGACCACUGUCACCAGCCCUGUGCCCACCACCCCAGCCAGCAUCACCUCCACGGCCACUGUCACCAGCCCUGUGCCCACCACCCCGGCCAGCAUCACCUCCAAGACCACUGUCACCAGCCCUGUGCCCACCACCCCGGCCAGCAUCACCUCCAAGACCACUGUCACCAGCCCUGUGCCCACCACCCCAGCCAGCAUCACCUCCACGGCCACUGUCACCAGCCCUGUGCCCACCACUCCAGCCAGCAUCACCUCAAAGACCACUGUCACCAGCCCUGCUGGCCCCACCACCCCGGCCAGCGUCACCUCCACGGCCACUGUCACCAGCCCUGUGCCCACCACCCCAGCCAGCGUCACCUCCACGGCCACUGUCCCCACCUCUCAUCACCCUGCCACCUCAGCCAAUGUCACCCCUGUCACCUCGGCCAGCGUCACCUCCAUGACCACCGUCCCCAGCCCUCACCCCUCGGCCACUGUCACUGUCCCCACCACCAGUGCCAUUGGCAGCCACUCGAGCCCUCAGCCGAGCACGGUCCCCCCCAGGACCCCCACCCCGAGCACUCUGAGCCCAACCCCCCCCGGCACCCCCCCCCACACUGAGGGUCCCACUGUCCCCCCUGUCCCCACUGCCACAGCAGCGCCCUGCUCCACCCACCAGGCCCCCACCACAGACAGAGCCACCACCCCUGCUGUCACCCUCCUCAGCACCCUCCUGGCCACCAGCAGCCCCAGAUCAGGAUCCAGGCUCUGCUCCCGCCUCGCUCUCCCGCUGGCGGCCGCCGUGGGGAGCGUUCUGCUGGGGGGGCUGCUCUGA